AUGCCGAAUUUCACAGAGGUGACAACAUUUAUUCUUCUGGGGUUGACCAGUCGUCAGGAGCUCCAAGUUCUCUUUUUUGUCGUGUUCCUAGUAGUUUAUAUAGUCACUCUGUUAGGAAACAUUGGUAUGAUCAUUUUAAUCUGUAUCAGCCCCCAGCUUCAGAGUCCUAUGUACUUUUUCCUGAGUCAUUUGUCUUUUGUAGAUGUGUGGUUCUCUUCCAAUGUCACUCCCAAAAUGCUAGAAAACUUACUAUAGGAGACAAAAACCAUUUCCUAUGUGGGAUGUUUAAUACAGUGUUACUUUUUCAUUGCCCUGGUCCAUGUGGAGGUGUAUAUCUUGGCAGUCAUGGCCUUUGAUCGGUACAUGGCCAUUUGCAAUCCCUUGCUUUAUGGAAGCAAAAUGUCCAGGACAGUUUGUAUAAGGCUCAUUUCUGUACCUUAUGUCUAUGGAUUUUCUAUUAGUCUAAUAUGCACUCUCUGGACAUAUGGUUUGUAUUUCUGUGGAAACUUUGAAAUCAACCACUUCUACUGUGCAGACCCCCCUCUCAUCAAGAUAGCCUGUGGGGGAGUCCACAUCAAGGAAUACACAAUGAUAGUUAUCGCUGGAAUUAAUUUUACAUAUUCUCUCUCAGUGGUCCUUAUAUCCUACACUCUCAUAGUGGUAGCUGUGCUACGUAUGAGAUCUGCUGAUGGGAGGAAAAAGGCCUUCUCUACCUGCGGGUCUCACUUAACCGCGGUUACUAUGUUUUAUGGGACUCUCAUCUUCAUGUAUCUCCGACGGCCCACCGAAGAGUCAGUGGAGCAGGGGAAGAUGGUAGCUGUAUUUUAUACCACAGUCAUUCCUAUGCUCAAUCCCAUGAUUUACAGCUUGAGAAACAAAGAUGUAAAAGAAGCAGUCCACAAAGCCGUCAUCAAAGUGAACUUUGGGAAAUGA